AACGAUGCGUACCCUAAAAAAGGCCUAUCCUGAUCCUCUCCUGCUGCAUUUCUCCUCAUUUUCUUUCUCCUUCGCCAGUCACCACUACCAAACACUCUUAUCUUUAUAACACACAGACAGCCAUAAAUAUACUCAGUGUUCCCAAUUAUAACGACCCAUUUUCAAUUCUCACCCUCAAAUAAUUAAAUGGCCUCCACAUUCUCUGUUCAAACUCUGCAUAAUCCCCGCCUUGUCUUCAAGGGUAAAGAUGUUAAAAAUCUUAACAGGCCAUGUAUGAUUUCAGCUUCUGCAAAUUCUAAUUCUGCUUCUUUGAGCUUGGCCGGAAAAUCUCACUAUGCGUCAGGUUUUUCUACAACACAGCUCUUUAAAGCGCCUUCCGUUAAGCAUCAGCGAGUGUCGUGCAUCAAGUCAAUGGCAAAUGAGGAUGUCGAGCUGCAAGCCAAAGUGACGACGAAAGUCUUUUUUGAUGUUGAUAUUGGAGGUGAAGCUGCUGGUAGAAUUGUGAUGGGCCUUUUCGGAGAUGUUGUCCCCCAAACAGCCGAGAAUUUCCGUGCUUUGUGCACAGGAGAGAAAGGGUUUGGUUAUAAAGGCUGCUCCUUCCACCGUAUAAUUAAAGAUUUCAUGAUACAGGGAGGAGACUUUCAAGAAGGAGAUGGUACCGGAGGAGUUAGUAUCUAUGGUUCCAAAUUUAAAGAUGAGAGCUUUGAUUUGAAGCAUGUUGGACCUGGAGUAUUGAGCAUGGCUAAUGCAGGUCCUAACACAAAUGGGAGCCAAUUUUUCCUUUGUACAGUAAAGACUCCUUGGUUGGACAACCGCCAUGUUGUGUUCGGGCAUGUCAUUGAUGGAAUGGAUGUUGUUAGGACACUUGAGUCUGUAGAGACAAGCAGGUCAGAUUACCCUCGGAAACCAUGCAGGAUUACCAAUUGCGGUGAGCUACCAUUGGAUGGAUGAUCUGUUGAAAAUAUUCUUCAGUUUUCCACGUCAUGCAUCCCUAUUUUUGAAAGAUCUAUGAUCCUUUUGUACAACAUGUAUGUCAAACUGCAUCCUUAUUAGCUGAGAUAAUUUAAGCCAUCGCUUUUUCAACCCAUGAUAGAAGUGCACGUACUGCACUUAUGUGAAACAAAAUUUUGCAAACUAUCAACUCAAUAAUAAAAAGGCCUUACUUAA